CUUCGCCACCAUAUUCUCCUUCACACUUCGCUUUUUCCUCUUUUCUCUGUUCCUCUUCUCUCUCCUCAUUCUGUCUGUUUCCUCUGCUACCGAUAACGAGAUGAAGGAAGACGAGUGGGUUAAAGCGGCCAUGCUGGACGACUGUUUGAUCGUCGAGUUGUUGAUGGAGCUGAACCAGUCGAAAGCCCACGUGUCCCCGGCGGUGAGGAAGCUGGCGGCGCUGGCUCCCCUCGAGUGGGGCGUAAGACAGCCACGGACGAAGCAGGUACUGAGAUGCAAUGUUAUGCAGGCGAAGAAGGAAGGCGAGUCGUCGGCACGGGCGAGUCCCACCACCCCACUCUCGUGGAGCGGUGGCACGUAUAUUAGUGGCGGUGGAGCCAGUGACGGCUGCGACGAGUCCAGCAAACCGGUCAAGCGGUCGAGCGGUGGGAGAUCUAAGGUUACCCACACAAGCGAAGUCGCAACAGUCAGGAGAUCAAGGAAGAAGAAGACUUUUGCUGAACUUAAAGAUGAGGAGAGUUUAUUGUUGAAGGAAAGAACCCAUUUGAAAAAGGAGUUGGCGGCACUAAGGAUCACCUUGGAGGAACAGAGGACAAGAAAUGAGAGCUUGAAGAGAAUGAAGCUUGAUUUGCAAAUCCAAUCAGCAAACAAACCAAGCACGCCUAAGAAAGAAACCUGCGAGGAACCCCAGCAGGCUGAAGCAAUUUCUGUUGAUCACACUCCCAAAGUCUCUCCUACCACUGUCCCAGAUACCGAGCUUCAAGCUGCAGUAUUACCGUCUCCACCUUCUGAUUCUCAUGAAGUAGAAAAUAAGGAUGCUGUCGGCAGGGAGAGUCUCUUUGUUCUGCCUGAUCUAAAUCUGCCUCUUGAUGAUGAUCCUGGCUCUGAGGCUUUAUAUGGAAUGAGUUGAGAAAGAUCAAUCAGAUAUUAAUUAAUCAUCUCUUUCAUGAACCAACCGGGUCCAACAUCGACAAGUCACAAGUGCUUUCUCGCUCAAUAAAAGUUGAUCUGAUCCAGCUUCCGGCAUGGCUAACCAUGUCAGUUGGGCGAGCUGCCAUAACUGUACAUAGGAAGAAACCAUCUUCCAUAGCAGGCGACAUUAGAAAUAAUGCCACCCACCAGCAUUGCCAAUUCUUGCAAGGAAAGAAGCUGUUGGGGGAGAUUCGUGAAGAAGGUAUUGAUAGUAUGGACUGUAGAGAUCCUAACCAUUAGAAAUUGAUAGAUUUUUUUUUUUGUAGAUUUAUGCUGUUGUCGGAAAUUCUUUGGUGCCGACCAUUUCUUUUUUUUCUUUCCUAAUACUUUUUCCUGGAAACAGUUACAUACAAGAAAUUGUAAAUUAUGGGGGGCUCAUGUAAUGGGCAGUACCUCUUUUGGAGCUAUUUGAAUCUAAUUGGCCAAUUUCUUUCAUUUCUGGUCUUCUGUUUGUUUCUCUAUUUCAUUCUCGACAAGCUUUGAUCUGGCUUUCAAGAUCCCAAGUAGGACUGUCCUCAAUUUGUUCUCUACUUUUGGGGACAAAGAAUACAAGUUGGAUUAGUUUUUCUCUAGAUUCUGUACCUCAUUAAUUUAUUUGUUUCUCAGUACAAUUAUUCUGGUUAAUUAAACCAUGAAUCCAUCUGUUGCAUAUUCAAAAGAAACGGUAUUUUAAUUAAGGGGUUCUUUCUUUCUCAAUCCUCACUGUUGCUUGCAUGUUUCAACCAUUGAUUAUUGUUGCAGUUGAAGAUUGAGCAUGGGAAUUGAAAACAUUGUCUUAUAUCUCAUGGCUCCAACCAGACUUGACCAUGCAAAAGCCUCUUAACCCAACUUGAUCUGUUCUUGAAAAACCUUGUCUACUAAGCCAGGUUGUCUUCAGGUUGAGGUUGCCAAAUUAUCCAUCAAAGCUGACAAAUCAGGCCAUGUUCAGAGAGGUCAUAAACUAAUCUCAACCAGGCUAACUUGCCUCAUUAGUUGAAAUCCGAAUUUGCUCCUCUACUCUGCAACUCUGGUGCUUCAUUUUUGGAUUGCUAGCCUGGCCAGAGCAUGGCACACCUCAUCACAACCUGAAAUGGACCCAUUCAGGACCAAGAGCGAUGCUUGCAAAUUCUGGUUCAUUGUCAUGUGGGAGCUGCCUUGAUUUGGCCUUCAAUUCAUGGUUGAUAACAGAACCGUGUACUCUUUGUUCCGCCAUGAAACCAGACAAAACCAGCCCAAAUGAUUGAAGCGCGUCCCCCAAUUAUUCAUUGAUCAAUGGGCCCAAGAGCAAGCCACGUGAUGCCAAUUCACAUAUGUUAUGGUCGCUACUGGCUACAGACUACAGUCUCUCUGAGCAAGGAAGUUGGACGAGAGCUUCCUUCCAUUUUUCCUGUUGGGCUAUACUACAAACCAUGCGAGAUGCGACGCGUGGGAUAUUAUAUACAAGGCUACGUGUCUCGAUCUUGCUUCGAGAGGCCAAACGCACCGAAACCCACGUUGGGCAGAAGAAAACUGAUUUCACUGCAUUAAUUAAUGUAGUACGGUGGAUAAGAAGGAAUUCCAAAUCCAAUAUAAGAUGACAACUUGUGCUCCGCCUGCAUCCUAAGCGUCGUUUUACGUCUCCGACUCUCCCAACUCAGCCAACGAGAGUCAUGUUUCUGUGUUUGCCGAUCACUGGGGUCGAGCUACCUGCGCUAUUCCAGGCUUGCAGCUCUGUUUUCAGACUAAAAGUUGAGAAAAGGAGAAGAAAAGUGAAAAAGUGAAAACCCAUCAGUUCUCUCGAUCCCUCGAAGGAAGGCCGUGAGCUGAAUCAACCGCCGGAGCUGCUUUGAUUGUUCCGUGUUUGGGGCGGUGAAGGAAAAACAGAAGUUCUUUUUUUUUUUUUUUUUUGUUUUCCUUUGUGUGGCGGGGCGGAGAGUCGAAUCUGAACCUCUGGACUGUAGAGAUAAGGAAGAGUGUAAAGCAGAUAAGGCCGAUGAGCUUUUUUUUGUCGGGUGGGAGUGGGACCCUACAUUGCUUCACUCUAAAAACUAUGGUCCGGAUCCCAAUUCCCACCCCAGAAGAAAGAGACGGUGGGAGGACCCAAAUCACCCAAUGGGGUUGUUAGAGGCAAGGGAUUAAGCUACCGAAUACUGAAAUCUAGCAAAGCAAAGGUUUUGACUUUCA